UUUCAAUUCUGAUUUUCUAAUGAGUUCUGAUUCUAUUUCUGACUUGUUCUGAUUUUUAUUUCUGAUUUUCCAAUGGGGUAUAAUCUUGUUUCUGACUUGUCCGGGAUCGUGUUCUGAAAUACCUGUUUUCAGCGACAAACGCGAGUACAUGGAUUUAUUGAUCCUGCGUGAUCUCCAAAUUUUACCACACUACGCAUUUCUAUAAAUUUAUUUUGCUUUCUAACUGAAUAUUUAUUUUUUUAGAAUAUUGAUUCAAAAUUGUUUAAAAACUAAUGAGCUUGUCAGUUUCUAAAAAGAGGGGGUUUGAUGAUUCUUUUCAAUCUGAUGAUAGACGACUAGCUAAACGAUCUUGCUGGCAAAAUAACUUGCAUCGAAUUGGUCAAUUUUAUGUGUCAUUCGAGCCUGACACUUAAUUUUGAUGUCAAUAAGUACAAUUGCUCUUAUAUAAUUGGCCCAAAUGGGAGUGGAAAGAGUGCACUGUUUGCUGCUUUAAAUAUUGGACUUGGAGGAGCUGGUCGUUCAAACGAGAGAGGAAAACGGAUUAAUGAUUAUAUUAAAGAGAAUGAAAAUUAUUCAUUAAUCCGCAUUCACAUUUCAAACGAAGGCCCAAACAGCAUACCUGAUUACGGCGACAUUAUAAUUGUUGAACGACGUAUUACACAUAAAAUUUCAACUGUCACAAUCAAAACUCGUUUAAAUGAAGGAAAAGAGGAAAUUGUUGGGAAAAGAAGAGAACUUGAUUUAAUACUUCAACAAUUCAACAUUGAUUUAGAAAAUCCGCUUUCUUGGCUUUCUCAGGAUAGAGCGCGACAAUUUUUGCAGUCAAUGAAGCCACAGAGACUUUAUGAGUUAUACAAAAAGAGCUCGGAAAUGGACGGUGCUGAAGAUUUAUUUCGAAAUAUCGACACUCUCUUUGACGAAUUAACUAGAGUUGUCAAAUCUAUGGAUAAAGAAAAGACUGCAAAAGAAGCAAAAUAUCAACAAAUGAAAGCGCGUUUUGAUGCUGUAAAUCAACUUUCCAACAAAAAAGAAGCAAUUCAACGACUUUAUUGGUAUCAACUUUGGGCGCCUGUUCGAGAUGGAAAAAAUGAAAUUGAAGAACUUGGAAGGAAACUUAAAGUUAAUGAAGACAAGAAGAAUGAACAGGUGGCUAAAAAGGAUGAAUUGAUUAAGCAAAUUGGAGAUAUUAACAAACAACAAAAAAAUUUUGAAGAACAACUCGGUGCUGCUUCCUCUAAAUUUAGAGAACAUAAUGAAAAGUUGAAUGAACUGAAAAGGAAGGCUAGAGAAUUAAAUUUUGAUCAUCAUGACUUGGUCGAUAAAGUAAAACGGAAGCAAUGGAAUAUUGAUUUAUAUGAGAGGCAAUUACAAAAGGCAAAUAGAGAACUGAAGGAUUUGGUUGGAAGUUCUGGUCAUGAUCCUGAAACUGAAAAGAAUAAAUUAAAAGAAAAAUUGACUCAAAUAGCUGCUCAAAUGGAGGCUGCCGAGUUAGAACAAGCAUCUUAUACUAAUGAAUUGGGUUCCAUCAAAGUUGAUUAUGAGAAUCUUAAGAAGGAGUUUAAGGAAAACACCGACCAGCAUUCUUUAUUAGAACGAAGGCGAACACGUAUUAUUGAAGAGAAAACUUUAUUUGAACAAUCAAAGGCUGAUAAAUUGGCUAUUUUUGGAAAAGAUGUGCCUCGUUUACUUGAACUAAUCGACACAAAUAUUAAUUCUUUUAAAAAACGCCCAAUUGGCCCUAUUGGAAAUUAUAUCAAAUUGAAGGACAAAAAAUGGGCGAAUCCAAUAGAAUUUUGCUUGAAAAACAUGAUUGGAACUUUUUUGUGUGAUUCUUCAGAAGAUCGAAAAGCUUUGGAUGAAAUAUGCAAAACAUUACAAAUUAGAAAGCCGAAUGUUAUUACAACAGAAUUUGCUGAUCAAAAAUAUGAUUUAUUUGGAAGAGAGCCUCCAAAUGAAUUUACAACAAUUUUGCGUGUUUUAGAUGUUGAGAAUCCAACAGUCUUAAAUUAUAUUUUAGACAAAGUUAGAGCAGAAAGUGUUCUUCUCUUUGAAAAAGAUGAUGUUGCAAGAAAUGCAAUGUAUCCAAAGCCACCAAAAAAUGUAUCUAAAGCAAUUACCUUAGCCUGUUCAGAAGUUAACCCUCAAAGAGGAUCUCGACCUUAUCAAUUUUUCCGUGACCAUUCAAAUUUUCAAGCUCGAGUUUUGGACAAUCAUUUUAUGGCUUCAAAUUUGAAUGAUUUUAAUCAACAAUUGGAACAAUCAACAGAACAGUUGAGACAACAAAGUGAAAAAGUUGAAAAAUCAAAACGUUGUUUCCAAACAUUGGAAUUUAAACUUAAUAAUUUGAGACAAAAGAAGACUCAAACAGAAGCUCGUUUAAAUGGAUUAAAUGAAAGAAAAUAUGAAAUUGAAGAAGAAUUGAGUAAAUUGGAAGAUGAGGUGUUGAGUGAAGAUAAAAUAACUAAUUUGCGAACUUCAAUUCGCGAAAGUGAAGAUGAGAGAAAUGCUUUGCAAGUUAAAUUAACUGAAUUGGAACAGUCUCUUGCAGAAAAGACUGAAAAAAUGAAUGAAGCUGAAAAUAAAAUUGAAGCAUCUACAAAAAGGGCAGAUCAUUUAAAAAAUGAUUAUAAACAAAUUGAGAAUGAUAUAAAAAGUUGUCAGAUACAAAUAGAAAAAAAUCGUGAAAAAUUGGAGGACUGUGAAGGAUUAACUAAACGGGCAAAUGAUUUGAUUGUGAAAUAUAGAAAGCAGAUUGAAGACAAAACCAAAUCUUGUGAAAAGAAACGAGAAGAGGCUGAAAAGAAUCGAGACUAUUUAUUAGAAAAUCAUGCUGAAAUUGGUGAUGGAGUGCCAGACUUUGAUACAAUUCCUGAAACGGUUCAAUUGAAUAGAGAUAUUGAAGCUAUUCAAAAUGAAAUUAGAAAUGCUGAAAAAAAUAAAGAGCCUGUGCCAACAGAAGCUGAUUUAAUCAAUUAUAAAAAUAUUUAUAUAGAAUUCAAGGCAAAACUCAAAGUUUGGACGCGACGAUAUAACAUGUUAGAAAGUAUGAUCACUGCCCGUAAGAGACGUUUCGAUUUAAUCAGAACUAGUUUGCCUGGAAAAUUGGAAUGCUGGUUUAGAGAUCAUAUGAAUUACCGUGGAUAUAAAGCAAGUUUAGAUGUUCGAGAUGAUGAUGGAACUAUAAUGAUUAAAGUUGUGACACACAAGGCAAUGGAAGAAUCUUUUGCUGAACAAAGCUUGGAUGAAAGGGAUUCGCGUAUGCAGAAAAAAGUUUUGCAGGACUUGAAAGGGCUCUCAGGAGGAGAGCGUUCCUACACGACAGCUUGUUUUAUCAUGUCAUUAUGGAAAUGUAUGGAAUCUCCUUUUCGUUGUAUGGAUGAAUUUGAUGUUUUUAUGGAUAUGGUCAAUAGGCGUUACAUCAUGGAAAUGCUGGCUGACAUGGCGAAGGAUAGCAAGGAGGUGCAGUUCUUUUUCUUCACUCCCCAGCCAAUUCAAGAACUUAAAAGGGAUAUGUUUGAGGUGUUUACGCUUAAAAGAAUUGCCGGCAUCUUUAAUGAGGAGCAGCAGCAGCAAGAAAAUCAUGAAUAAUGUGAAGCUGAUGGAUAGGUUUAGAAUUGAUAAAUAUCUCAAGUUUUUUUUGAAAAUUUUUUCGACAUUCAAAACAAUUACUAUAAUUUAUUUGUC